GUUCCUGGCCUCUUAAGGACAAACAGUGACUGCUGGCAUACGCUAGACAGAGCAGCCACCCACUGGGGUGUUUGCACUUGCACUCGGGAUGCAGUGAUCCCCAAGGGACCAUCCCCUAGUCCAGAAUAGCUGGAAUACAUAGCACACUGACCAUGCACCCUCCAGCCCCUGGGCCUGCCCCUAUGCCAGGGACUGCAAAGAGGGCAGUGAGUGUAGGGCCCACACUGUAGCCAGGAUGCAGCCCAGAAUCACUCUGGAUUUGCCCAAGGACCACCCCCUCGCACUCCUCUCAGCCCAGCUGCUGCUCCUCCUCAGCCACCAGGACCUGGGACAGCAGAAUCAUUUCCAAAGCAGCCAGCUGUGAGCCUGAAGGUCGCGCAGGAGCGCAGCUGGGGUUGGUGCUGUGGCGAUGGAGCAGAGCGAGCUGCGGCACCGCCCCUGGGUGUCCCCGGCGGACCGCGAGGUUCUGAGCGAGGCUGAGCUCGAGGAGAUGGCACCGAGAACCCAGGCUCCGCGGCCCUCUCUCUGCAGCAGGGUCUGGGACGUAAGGUGCUCAUGUGGCGCUGCCAAGUCCCUUCUCUUCCGGUUCCUGCCGGUCCUGAGCUGGCUGCCCCGGUACCCAGUCAGAGACUGGGUCCUCGGUGAUAUUGCCUCGGGGUUCAGUGUGGGAAUCAUGCACCUCCCCCAGGGUUUGGCCUAUGCACUCCUGGCAGGGGUGCCUCCCGUCACCGGCCUCUAUACAUCCUUAUAUCCUGUCGUCCUGUACUUCCUGUUUGGGACAUCUAGGCACAUCUCAGUGGGUCCCUUCGCUGUCAUCUCCAUCAUGAUCGGCAGCGUGACAGGCUCGCUGAUGCCCAACAGCAACUUCAUGGAUCCGGUCAAUGGCACGAAUGAGACAGUCCUCAACGAGGCAAGGAGAGACAGCGCCAGGGUGGAACUAGUGGCUACACUCACCGUGCUGGUGGGUAUCUUCCAGAUAGCCCUGGGGAUGCUGCAGUUCGGAUUUGUGGUCACCUACCUGUCCGAGCCCUUGGUGCGGGGCUACACCACAGCCGCUGCCGUCCACGUGCUGGUCUCCCAGCUGAAGUACGUCUUUGGGGUGGAGGUGGCUGAGCAGUCAGGGCCAUUUUCCAUGUUCGCUGCCUUCACUGAGAUCUGCACCAAGCUGCCACAGACCAACGUGGGCGCCCUGGUCACUAACCUGAUCACCAUGGUCACCAUCCUCCCUGUCAAGAUGCUCAGUGCCAAGUUCGCCUCCAAGCUCCCCAUGCCCAUCCCAAUAGAAUUCAUCAUGAUCGUUGUCUCCACGGGGAUCUCCUAUGGAGCUGGCCUGAAGGCCAAGUUUGGGAUUGCUGUUGUGGGCAACAUCCCCAGUGGGAUGAAACCACCAAUGGCUCCCAAUGUCAGCUACUUUGGGCAGGUGGUGGGCAAUGCCUUUGCCAUCGCCGUGGUGGGCUAUGCCAUCUCCAUCUCCAUGGGCAAGAUCUUUGCCCUGAAGCAUGGCUACAAGGUGAACAGUAACCAGGAGCUGUUCGCCUUGGGGAUUUGUAAUUUCGUGGGUGGCUUUUUCCAGUGCUUCAGCAUCAGCUGCUCCAUGUCCCGGACCCUGGUGCAGGAGGCCACUGGAGGAAACAGUCAGGUGGCCGGGGUUAUCGCCUCACUUCUCAUCUUGGUGACCAUUUUGAAGAUUGGGCAGCUCUUCCAAGACCUACCCAAAGCCAUCUUAGCUGCCAUCGUCAUUGUGAACCUGAAGGGCAUGUUCAAGCAGUUCACAGACCUCUGCAUGCUAUGGAGGUCCAAUCGCAUAGAUCUGCACUUAUCCUGCCUUUGUCUGCUACAGCUCAUCUGGCUCGUGACCUUCGUGGCCACCCUCCUGCUGAACCUAGACAUGGGGCUGGGGGUCUCUGUGGCGUUUGCCCUGCUCACAGUCAUCUUUCGGACCCAGCUGCCCCGCUACUCCAUCCUGGGGCAGGUUUCCAACACAGACAUCUACAGAGACAUGGUGGAAUAUAACAAGACUGAGGAAAUUCCAGGUGUAAAGAUUUUCCGGUCUUCUGCCACAGUGUAUUUUGCCAACGCUGAGCUGUAUGCAGAGGCCCUGAAGGAGAAGAGUGGCAUUAAUGUCGAUUACCUCAUUGGGAAGAAGAAGAAAGCCCUCAAGAAACAGAAGAAGCAGCAGGAGAAGGACAAGAAGGAAGAGGCAAAGAAGAAAAAGAAAACUACCCUCAAGCUCUCAGAGGCAUCUGACCCCAGCAGCAAUGACUUUGGCUUUGUAGAUAUUGACAUGGAGACCAAUACGCAGGAGCUGGGGAGUCACUGCAAUGGAUCUGGCCCUGCAGUGGUUGACUCCAAUGGAAGCGAGAGAGAGUUGGAGCUCCAAGCCAGCAGCACCCAAAAAGCCUUCAAUGAACCCACCCUGGAGUCUUUAGGUCUCAAAAAGCCUGAGCUCCACUCCCUCAUACUGGACUUCACCCCCGUCAACUUUGUGGAUACUGUCUGCAUAAAGAUCCUAAAGAAUAUAUUCAGAGAUUUCCGGGAGAUAGAAGUGGAUGUGUUUCUUGUUGGCUGCCAUGCUUCUGUCAUUGACCAGCUGGAAAAGGGCGACUUCUUCAGCCAAACCAUCACCAAGCACCACCUCUUUGCCUCCGUGCACGAUGCUAUUACCUAUGUCACCAGGGGGAAGGGACAGAACAUGCCACAGCCGGUCACAACUUAUUCCAGCACUAAACUGUAGCCACCAGAAAUAGCAUCUACUGUCCCCAGGAGCUGAACAGGUGAGAGGGAGCCACCAAGGCAUGUUUCCAGAGGACUCUUUGAGCUGGCUGAUUUUUACAAGGGCAGGUGACAUGGGAUUCCCUGCCACUGGGAAUCUAGCAGACACAAGAUCUCCUACUGCUAAGGAUCUGCUUUGGGCACUGGAGACCUGAGAUCAUCUGCCCUUGGGACCCCACUUAGCUACUGGACAAACUGGGAAUCUAUCUCAAAGAUGAAAUCUCCUUCUGCUGGGAAUCUUCUCCAGACACAGGAGAUCUGGGAUCUCACGGGCUUAUGAAUCCACUUCACACACAAGAUUUUCUGACCCUGUGAAUCCCCUCAGACCCAGGAACCAUCUCUGAUUGUGUCUGUGUGCGUGUGCGGCUCUUUCCUUUGAGUGAUGGUGUCCCUAGUCUCUGUUUGCCAGAAGCUGGGAAUGAGUGACGGGAUGGAUCACUUGAUGAUUACCUGUUCUGUUCAUUCCCUCUGAGGUAUGUGGCAUUGGCCACUGGCAGAAGACAGGAUACUGGGCUAGAUGGACCUUUGGUCUGACCCAGUGUGGCCAUUCUUAUGAAAUAUCACUGGAGAGAAGCUGCACUUGAGAGUUUUCCACUUGACUGUUUAAUUAGAUGAUGCUUUUCAAUAGAAAUAGACAACAGUUCUAUUGACAGUGCAAAACUUCCUGCAAAGAGCAAUACUGAACCAGCCCGCAGUCUGGAGGCUAAGAUUUUGUCCCCUCCCUGCAUCCCAUUUCCAACUUUGUGGGUAAAAUAACCAAGAGCAAAAUCCGACCUUGCCACAUGGGGCAAGCUGUGACUAUGCACAGAUUUUAUGAUAGAGAGAGAACAGUAAAAUCAGAGUAUCACUCUCUGGCGUGCAAUCCAGACCAGUAAGGGGCUGUCAUCACCUGCCCUGCAACCUUGGGUGCCUCACAAUGCUUUGCUGAAACUCCCAGUCUGGGCCCCUCACAAACAGCACGCAGGUCACAGCCUGAGUGUCUGUGUAUAGCUACAGCCUGCCAGCACGCUCCAGCCACACCCUGGCUUCCACCAGAAUUGGUUACCACUUGCAGGGUGAUUCCAACCCACUCCCAGUCCUGGAUUUUCCCCAAAGAAUGUGUGCUCGGCCCCAUACAGCCCUUUACUGGACAGUCCAGAUAUUUGUCUGUUGUCCCUGUACGAGGUAAACGUACAACAGUUGCUACUUUAACUGGAGUUACCAAACAGUUCAGUUUAAACACAAUACUGGAUUAGAUUAGAAUAAAGAAUAAAACAAGUUUAUUUAGUUACAAAGAGGGAGAUUUUCAGUGAGUACAAGUUAAAGGUAUUAAAGUCAGAAAUGGUUACAACAGAAAUAAAGAUAAAUCACUUUCUAGUAACUAAACUUAAACAAACUAGACUUGGUUUAAGGUAAAUUCUUACCAAAUGUUCCCAGCACCAGGGCUGACUAAAUUUUCAAGUAGAGCCUUUCUCAGAGUUCAAAGGUUCCUUUAUCUUCUCAGCUGAAAAAGCAAGUGAGAGAGAGUGAAUGUAUCUGGGGUGUUUUCCCCCCCUCCCUUUUAUAGGCUGGUUGCCCUUUGAAAUGCAUUUUCCUGAGAGUUACCCCUAGAUGAAAUUCCUUCCAGCUAUGAGGAUGGAGCUGUGAAAGAGGUUCUGUGGUGUUGGUUAAAAUGUAAAUUGGUCUGUUACUGCCCCCCUUCACUGCCAAAGAAUGGCCACUUGACCAGUGAUUGCCAAUCAACUUUAAUGACCCCUGGCCGGGGUGGGUCUAGCAAUUUUGCCGCCCCAGGCAGUCGCUGCCGAAUUGCUGCCCAAAAGCUGCUGCUCCAGGAAAAGCAGCGGAGCUGCUGCCGAAUUGCAGCUGCGGGACAUGGACUGCGGCCCCAUUCUAAUUGCCGCCCCAAGCACCUGCUUGGAAAGCUGGUGCCUGGAGCCGGCCCUGCCCCUGGCUAGAGGUGUCAGUUUGUCCUUUGCCUUUGAGAAACUGGUUUACCUGCUCCUCAAACUUGUCUGAUAAACACAUUUCAGUCAUAACUUCAGCUUAUAUUCAUAACUUUCCAUAUAAUGUUACUACAUGCACUUCACCAUGACAUUAUUGAUCAAGUUAUUAGUUUUCAAAUGAUACUUCACGAGGCAUAUUUUGUACAAAGAAUAUUACAGUUGUGUAGGGUGUGAAUACAGGGGUUCAUUCAGUGACAUAGAGGUAUUGCUUACUAUUUAUUAUCAAUACUGUACAUUUUGUAGUGCUUUAGAAAAUCAUAGAUGCCAGAAAAGGAAAAGACCUUUUAGAUUAUCCAGUCCAUUAGCUGCCCAGGACAGGAUUGUUCCUACAGAAUAUUUUCAAGUGUCCAAGCCCCACCACUUCCUUUGAAGAACUCUGCAGCUUAAUGCAUCUAGUAAAUACAGGACCUGAAAAAUGUGUUUAGUCAGUGAAUAGACUAUUAGACCUGUAAAGGAGUGGACAGAAAGCAGGAAUUAGUUCUGAUAAUUAACUGGUAUCUAGCCUGAUUCAUGUUCCACUUCUAAGACUUAAUUUGAAAACAUGAUCUGACUUAAAGCCCAAUCACCUAUGAAUAUUUCUCAAUAAAUUGUGU